AACAAGUCCAAAAAGAUUGGAACGAAUAACAAAAUCGAAGUUGGUCACAUUUCAUGAAGAUUUUUUCAAUGAUUUCGGAGAUCUCUUCGAUGAUGAUGACGAAAUAUGUUCUAGCGAAUAGAAGCAAUAUUAUUAUACAUUCAGUGAAGUGAACUAAAUAAAAAAGUGUUCUGAGAGCAGACAGCUUCACCAAAAGCUUAAACAACUCAGCUGUUAUAUUUCUUCAAACAAAUUCUCCAUAAAUACAAAGUAUGAAGCCUGCUGUAGUUGCUGAUGAGAUGUUUCCUGAGGGGGCAGGACCCUACAUGGAUCUUGAAGAAGGUGGUAGUGCAAGUGGAAUGUUAAUGGAUCUGGCAGCAAAUGAAAAAUGCGUCCAUGGGGAUUUCUUCAACGAUUUCGACGAUCUGUACGAUGAGGAAGACCUAAAAUAGGUUCUUGACUGACGUAAUGAUGAUUGUUUUAAAAUCUGAGUUUUUCGUUUGUAUAUAUGUGAAACUUUUUUAAAUAAGGAAGAAUUUCCUUUUGUAUGAGUUAAAUUUCGUUCUGAUAUAUAUUUGACGAUUUAAA